AUGGAUUCUGGCGAUAUUGAUCGAGCGCCGCUGGACGAUGGAAUGUUUCCAAAUGAUGAAGCUCCCCGAGAUAGCCGAAUCUGCGACAAUGACAGAUUGAAUGAACGAGGCCGCUCGAUCGCUAAAGAAUGUGAAGAUCUCGAAGUCCAGAAAGCGGAAUUCAAGAAGCUACAAGAGGACCAUAGAAGACGAGUCUAUGAAUUCGAAGAGGCAAAAGUAGAAUUUGAAGACAAGGUAUUGGUACAUAAAACGCAAGUACAUCAGAUCGUAACUAACGCCUCCGGAAAGCUACGAACUUUCCACAAGACGGAAUUAGAGAACGACAGAAAGCUAGAGUUACUCAGAGCCGAGCAAUACAAAUUCAACACAGCGGUCAAGGAGUUCAACAAGAGACUAGAGAAAACCAGAGAGGCGACAACACGUUUCAAUGAGAAGAGUGAGACGUUGAGAGGAAAGUUGAUGGCAGCUAAACGCAGGGAAAAGUCUUUUCUUAGAGAAUACAAAUCCAAGCAGAGAUAUUUGGUGGAGAGAGAACAGAGGCUUGAUGCGAAGCUCAAAAGCCUUGGAAUAGAGGAAAAGUUUCUUGAUCCAGAUAGAGAAACAUACGAAUAUUUGCCAAGCGUUCUUUCAGAAAGACAGGAAGAAAGAGAGGAAUUGAGAGACAGUAUAAAAGCGGAAAAUGAAGCCUCAGUUUCAAGAGAGGGUUGA